UCAGGGAAAAAAAUAGAAACAGGAGGGACUAAUCCGUAAUUCUGGGAAGUUCGGCUUUUCUUUUAAUUUUGUUCUUCUUCUUCACGCCGCCCCUCUGCUCCCCCAAUCUGUGUGGUUGGUUUGUUGACGUUGUAGCGGUGAAUUAAUAGCGGUGCAAGGAGGUGUUUGCGGUCUCUUCUCUCCCUCUCCCAUACCCCUAAAUCCAAUCGGCGUGUUUGAGGCUUUUGAUUGAUGGGUACAGAGAGGAAGAGGAAGGUUAGUUUGUUUGAUGUGGUUGACGAGACCUCGGUCUCAGCAAAGAUUGUCAAGUCUAACGGUGGUGGAGCGGCUAUGAACAACAAUACCGGAAAUAGUCUGGUCAAUAGUUGGACUGGAAAACCCUACUCACAAAGGUACUAUGAAAUCCUCGAGAAGAGGAAGACCUUGCCCGUUUGGCACCAAAAGGAAGAGUUCUUGCAGGUUCUAAAGUCCAAUCAAACUCUAAUUUUGGUUGGUGAGACUGGCAGUGGUAAAACUACUCAGAUUCCUCAGUUUGUUCUGGAUGCUAUUGAUAUAGAAGCUCCUGAUAAACGGAGAAAAAUGAUGAUUGCAUGCACUCAGCCUCGUAGAGUGGCUGCAAUGUCAGUUUCUAGACGUGUUGCUGAAGAGAUGGAUGUGAAUAUUGGAGAAGAGGUUGGUUAUAGCAUCCGUUUUGAAGACUGCAGUAGUGCAAGGACAGUUCUGAAGUAUUUAACUGAUGGUAUGCUUCUAAGAGAAGCAAUGACAGACCCAUUGCUAGAACGCUACAAAGUGAUUAUUCUUGAUGAAGCUCAUGAAAGAACUUUGGCUACAGAUGUUCUUUUUGGGCUUCUAAAGGAAGUAUUGAAAAAUAGACCUGACAUGAAGCUAGUCGUGAUGAGUGCAACUCUUGAGGCUGAAAAGUUUCAGGGCUAUUUCUUUGGUGCACCACUUAUGAAGGUUCCUGGUAGGCUGCAUCCUGUUGAAAUAUUUUACACCCAAGAACCUGAAAGGGACUACCUGGAGGCAGCAAUUCGGACCGUUGUGCAGAUACAUAUGUGUGAACCUCAAGGAGAUGUACUUGUUUUUCUUACUGGAGAGGAAGAAAUAGAAGAUGCAUGCCGUAAAAUAAACAAAGAAAUUCAGAAUCUUGGGGACCAGGUUGGUCCUGUUAAAGUAGUGCCUCUGUAUUCAACUCUUCCUCCUGCCUUGCAGCAAAAAAUAUUUGAUCCUGCUCCACCACCCCAGCAAGAGGAUGGCCCUCCUGGAAGGAAAAUUGUGGUAUCAACAAAUAUUGCAGAAACUUCUUUGACCAUAGAUGGUAUAGUUUAUGUUAUUGACCCUGGUUUUGCUAAGCAAAAGGUUUACAACCCAAGAGUGCGUGUUGAAUCGUUGUUGGUAUCUCCAAUAUCUAAAGCAAGUGCACAUCAAAGAUCAGGGCGUGCUGGAAGAACUCAGCCUGGAAAGUGCUUUAGACUAUACACUGAGAAGAGUUUCCAUAAUGAUCUUCAGCCACAAACCUAUCCAGAAAUAUUGAGAUCAAACCUUGCAAACACAGUACUUACUUUGAAGAAAUUGGGAAUUGAUGACUUGGUUCAUUUUGAUUUUAUGGAUCCUCCUGCUCCUGAGACAUUGAUGCGGGCACUAGAGGUAUUAAAUUAUUUAGGGGCAUUGGAUGAUGAUGGGAACUUGACGAGGCUGGGAGAAAUUAUGAGUGAAUUUCCUUUAGAUCCUCAAAUGUCAAAGAUGCUGGUUGUUAGCCCUGAGUUCAACUGUUCGAAUGAAAUUCUAUCGAUCUCUGCCAUGCUUUCAGUACCCAAUUGCUUUGUCCGGCCUAGGGAGGCUCAAAAAGCUGCAGAUGAAGCAAAAGCUAGGUUUGGGCACAUCGAUGGAGAUCACCUCACGCUUCUGAAUGUGUAUCAUGCUUACAAGCAAAAUAAUGAGGAUGCAAACUGGUGCUACGACAACUUUGUCAAUUACAGGGCUCUGAAGGCUGCUGAUAAUGUGAGACAACAAUUAGUCCGCAUCAUGGCCAGGUUUAACCUCAAGUUAUGCAGUACGGAUUUUAACAGCCGCGACUACUACAUCAACAUAAGAAAGGCCAUGCUUGCUGGAUAUUUCAUGCAGGUUGCACAUCUGGAACGCACUGGACACUACUUGACAGUGAAAGACAACCAAGUGGUGCACUUGCAUCCUUCAAAUUGUCUAGAUCACAAGCCAGAGUGGGUUAUUUACAAUGAGUAUGUGUUAACAACCAGGAAUUUUAUACGCACAGUGACAGAUAUACGUGGUGAAUGGCUAGUUGAUAUAGCACCGCACUACUAUGAUAUGGAUAACUUUCCUCAGUGCGAGGCCAAGCGAGUUCUUGAGAGGCUUUAUAAGAAGCGAGAGAAAGACAGGGAGGAGAACAAGAACAGAAAAUAAGCUUACAAGUUGGACUCUUGGGUAUCGAUUAUCCUUAGAUGGGGCAACUCUGACAGCUGAUCUUUUUAUUUUUAUGCAUUUUGUGUCUCUGGAGCUCAGUUGUCGGUGAAAAUGGAUUUGGGAAUGUUCUGUACCACUUCCUACGGUAGAUUUUAGACUCUUAUUUGUAACUUAUCUAACUUUUUCAAUCUGUUUGGAUUCUGUUAUUUAGCA